AUGGCAUUGAAGGCAAAGACACAGAUCAAUCAAUAUAUUCAUACACAGUCUGAUCUUCCUCAGUUUACUGGAGAUGAUUGGCGUCGUCUCUCACAGUUACAUCAAGUUCUUGCUCCAUUCUAUGAAUUGACAGGUCUUGUAUCUGAAAAAAGGCCUCAAAUCAGUAUAGCGAUACCUAUUUACUAUAAGCUUCAUAAUCUGCUUAAUCAAGAAGCUCAGAAAAAAGGUGUCUUUGCAGAUCUGGACAAUGAUAUUGUGGAUGCAAUUCAUCAUGGUCUUAUCAAAUAUCAGAAGUAUUAUACCUUUAUGGAUAAUACUGAUGCUUAUUACACUGCAUUGAUUCUUGAUCCAAGAGUGAAGGGAGACAUUCUGCUUCAUAAGCUAUCUGAUAAUGAGGCUGGACAGAUGAUUAUCAAUACAAUUCGUGAGAAUAUCCAUGAGCAGUAUCGUCAUGAGUUGGUAGAUACUCAAACCUCUUCUACCAAUGCUGUCCUAUUGGAUAACCAUCAUAAUAGUAUUGAGAUGCGGAUGUUGCAGCGUUUAACACCAAUUGUCCAGAAGCCAGCGGGAUCUGAUAUAGAUGACUACUUUUCUUCACCACGAGUUCCUAUUGAUACAUCUCAUCAUGAGUGGCUAUCUAGAUGGUGGUAUACUCAGCGUAAUAGUAUGCCUCAGAUGGCUGCAGCUGCACGGGAUUAUCUUGCAAUUCCAGCUUCUGAAGUAGAUGUUGAACGUCUUUCCAGCGGGGGUCGUGAUCUUUUGGGGCUUCGACGACACUCAUUGAACGCGGAUACUAUGCGAAUGUUGAUGUUGAUGGAUGAUAUUAUAUAG